UUGUUCUUCUCUUUCGCUUCCCAGCUGCAGCUCCAUUUUCCGGGAGCUGGAUCGACUGGAUAAAGACGGCGCGGAACGGGUUAAGGAGUGGGGGUCUGUAUUCCUCCUCUUUAGCUCGCCAUGAUGAACAAAUGAACUCUCGGGGAAUGAAAUUUAAAUUUCACAAAGGAGAGAAAGUCCUCUGCUUCGAACCAGAUCCGACAAAGGCCAAAGUACUUUAUGAUGCAAAGGUGGUUGAUGUCGUCAUUGGAAAAGAUGAGAAGGGUAAAAAAGUCCCAGAGUAUCUGAUUCAUUUUAAUGGUUGGAACAGAAGCUGGGAUAGAUGGGCAGCAGAGGAUCACGUCCUUCGGGACACAGAUGAAAAUCGCAGAUUGCAACGUAAAUUGGCCAGAAAGGCUGUGGCUCGCAUGAGGAGAAAAGGAAGGAAGAAGCGACGUUGUCGUUUGCCUGGUGUUGAUUCAGUAUUAAAAACUCUUCCUGACGAAGAAAAAGAGGAAAACGAAGACUCUCUAAUUUCAUCUUCCGAUGAUAGUGAUGAUGAUGGUUCUGAUGAUGAUGAUGAUGAAUCAUUGAAUACUGAAGAAAGUGAUGCUGAAAGCACAGAAAUGAAAGAAGAGCAAGAACCUCAUCCAAAAAAGGAAAUGGAGGACAAAACUAUAAAUAUUGAAAUCCCUGAUAUUUUAAAGAGGAAGUUGGAAGAUGAUUGUUAUUAUAUUAACAAAAGAAAAAAGCUUGUGAAGCUUCCUUGUCAGAUGAACAUUGUUAAUAUUUUAGAGUCUUAUGUAAAGCAUUUUGCUAUUAAUGCAGCAUUUUCUGCCAAUGAAAGAUGUCGUCAUCAUCAGACAACUUCACAAAUGAGUUUUAAUACACAUUAUGUUCCACCAGAAAAAAAUGUUGAACUUUGUAAAGAAAUGGUUGAUGGUUUACGCAUCACAUUCGAUUUUACGCUUCCUCUCAUUCUUCUUUAUCCUUUUGAGCAAAGUCAGUUCAAGAAGGUCAACUCUUCCAAGUUCUUUCUUCCAAUUAAAGAAAUAACAGCAAAUUUCAGCAGGAAUAUGAAUGAGAGGUCUCCUAGCCCCCCACCAUUGAACCCUUCUACCCCUCAGUCCAUAGAUAGUCAGCCCAUUGUCAGUGAGGUGGUAACACCAAAGCGCAAGAAGGUUGAACCAGAAGCCCUACAGUCUUUGCGAAGGUCAACAAGGCACACGUCGGGUGGAGACCGCCUCUCUGAGAGCAGUGCCUCCCCACAGCCAAAGCGCCGGAACACGGAUACACCUGCUCCUCUUCCCAAACUGUUUCUGCAUUUGGACAAAAAAACUCCAGUCCAUAGUGGGUCAUCAUCACCACUUACCUUGACACCAAGCAAAGAAGGCAGCUCAGUGUUGUCAGGGCUAGAAGGAAGAAGGAACAAUGAAUUAAAUGAGGUGUUAUCAUGGAAGCUGACUCCUGACAACUACCCACAAAGUGAUAAACCACCUCCACCUUCCUACAUGUAUGGUUCCCAGCAUCUCCUUAGGCUUUUUGUUAAAUUGCCAGAAAUAUUGGGAAAGAUGCACAUCCCAGACAAGAACCUUAAGGCUUUAGUAAAACAUCUUGAGCUCUUUUUGAGAUUUCUGGCAGAAUUUAAUGAGGAUUUCUUUCCUGAGUCUGCUUAUGUAUCAGCAUCAGAAGCUCACUACUGUAUAAAGCACCCCAGGGCAGUCUACUGAUUGAUCACAGGAAGCAAAGCCUUUCGUUGCAAGAUUUCAGUGUUACUUUUCUUUGCCCUCUGGCAAACAGCUGAAGGAUCAGACAGCUAUAAAAGACAUCUGAUUAACUAAGCUCCUUCAUUCUGUUCUUUAUAUAACAGCUUGUGGCAUGUACAGUUUGCAUUGCCUUUUAGAUAUUACAACCUUUUAUUCCCCUCCAAGCUUUCUUCUGUCAUCAUGCAUCAGAC